AUGCAUAAGAAAGUACACAACGGCAUUCUUCGACUUCUUGCUCUUUGCUUUAUAAGAUGUAUUAAUGGGCUCGUCGAGAUGCCGCUUGAAAUCGCCGUUCCGUUAGACUAUCAGAGCGGCCAGCAAACGCUGGAUGACACGAAUCUAUGCUCGUAUGACAGCCACAGCUCGCGGCAAUCCCUACAGACAUUAUGUGCUUGUAUCGGGGGCGGUAGUCGAGCGCUACUAUUGCCAUCCGACAAUCGGCUUCUUACAGCCGUUUUGUCAGCAUUCGCUCGUUCUCGCGCCAUCCCUGCGUUCAGGCCCACCACGAACGGUGGCGCAGGAUCGUUGUCUUCUACUCUGACGUCGCAGGACCCGCUGCCGGACGAUUUUCGGACGGUGUGCAACGUUACACACCUCUGGACCGAUACCGUCGGCCAGGACUCACUGGCUCAUGUACAGACCUUGCUACGCGAUGCCGAAAACUAUAUUUUGCCCCAGAAGGGACCCAGCUGCAGAAAACAACAAUGGGCGGAAGGAGAAGCAAUUCGUGCUCACAUUCUUAAGAACACCACUUCGGCCUCAGAAUCCAAAACCAUCGAUUUUAUGCUGAGAAAAGAAGGCAUUUGGAAAGUGAGGGCGCUCUUAGCAUCUUUCAUUAUUCUUAACGAUCACAAGUUG